CCCUCCUCUGCAAAGCCAGACAGAAAGCCUCACAGAAAGCCUCACAUGGUGCUGCGGAGAAACAGAAAAGGGGAAAAGAGGAGUGGUCAGCUCAAGAGUCCCACCACCAAACUGGACCAACUCCUCCUACCCUUGGAUCUUCUCAUGGGCCCCAGAAAGUACUUGGAGGAAAAUCACUGAACUAUGUCGAGUCUGAUUUCCUGCCUUGCUGGCCUCGCAGCCCUGCUGACCACAUCCUCUGUCACCUUACAUACUUCCUCACCAGUCACAUCGCUCAGGAGUUCUCAGCCCCCAUAACUUGUCACUGACCCCCAUUCAGGUCCUCUGCUUUACCCUCUUCCUGUCCUUACCUCCCUCUGACACUGCUGUUAGAACCAUGUUGCUCUGCCUAGAAGUAGCCAGUUUUGUCCCUUUCUGGAUAGCCAACACCCCUUUUUACCACGGGUGACAGUAUUGAACACAAUGCAGCUGGGCCAGUGGUGGCCAAGUACCUGGGGGAGCCUAGGGCUGGGGCCCCGAAACACUUCUCGGGGAUCCCAGCUCUGUGCCCUCUAUGACUUCACUUACACAGCAGCAGAUGGUAGGCAGGUAUCUAUGGCUGAAGGGGACAGGUUCCGACUGCUUCGCAAGACCAAUGCAGACUGGUGGUUGGCAAGGCGCCUGGGAGCACCAUCCAACUCUCGUCCCAUCUUUGUACCAGCUGCCUACAUGACGGAGGAAUCUGUACUUUCCCCGAGCCCAACCACCGUCACCACCAGGCAGUCCCUCUGGACUCGUGGGCCAAAGUUGUUUCCUGGCUCACCAGAAGAGCUGCAUUUAUCUCAGGCAACCCCAAGCAGAGCCCAGACUACAUCGCAGCAGCCUCCUUCUCUUCCCCCCAAAAUGUGUAGAAGUAUUAGUGCUACCAAUCUGGGGCCCACUCUCCUGACGCCCUUCCGGGAUGGGCCAAGUGGAAGAUCUCUCUCCCAGGAGGACUUGCUGACAGAGACCAGUGCCAAUAUGGCAGGACCCCGGCCCCUCAUGUCAGAGCCCCCUGUGUACUGUAACUUGGUGGACCUUCGCCGCUGCUCCUGCUCCCCACCCCCAAACCCUGUAUGCCCCCCGCUGCAGAGGCUGGGCACCUGGGAACAGUACCUGGACCCUAACUCCGGACGCUGCUUCUACAUAAAUUCACUGACUGGCUGCAAGUCCUGGAAGCCCCCACGCCGCCGCUGCACUCGAACCGGGGAGACGGACGCUGCCUCCAUGGAGGGGACACAGACCUUGAACGGGGACAACGGUGUCCUGCAGCCUCAGGCGAAGGGCUCAGACUCUGACACAGGGUCUCCAGAACUGCUCGCCCCCCAGGGUUCACCCUGCCUCCGGCGACGCACCUCCCAGCUCGACCCCUCCGACAAGCCUUCGGCCCGGCAGCCCCUUCGGCCUCUGCCGCAGGUCCUGGACGACCCCCAUGAGGUGGAAAAGUCGGGCCAGCUCAACGUGACUAAGAUCGCUCAGGGGGGACGCAAGCUCAGGAAGAACUGGGCCCCAUCUUGGGUGGUGUUAGCGGGUAACAGCCUGGUGUUCUACCGAGAGCCACCCCCCGCCGCACCCUCCUCAGCCUGGGGACCAGCGGGCACCCGGCCCGAGAGCAGUGUGGACCUACGCGGGGCGGCCCUGGCGCACGGCCGCCACCUGUCCAGCCGCCGCAACGUCCUGCACAUCCGAACGGUGCCUGGCCACGAGUUCCUGCUGCAGUCAGACCUCGAGACCGAGCUGCGGGCCUGGCACCGGGCACUGCGGGCGGUCCUCGAGCGCCUGGAUCGGGAGAAUCCGGUGGAGCUGCGUCUAUCAGGCUCGGGACCGGCGGAGCUGGAGGAGCUGAGCGCUGGGGAGGACGAAGAAGAGGAGUCGGGGUUCAAGCCACUGCGGCGUUUCGGCGGCCGCAGGAGCUCCAGUCGCUGCCCAGAGGGAACUGAGCAGAACCGCGUGCGGAACAAACUAAAGCGGCUUAUCGCUAAAAGACCACCCUUACAAAGCCUGCAGGAGCGGGGUCUGCUCCGAGACCAGGUGUUCGGCUGCCAGUUGGAAUCACUGUGUCAGCGGGAAGGAGACACCGUGCCCAGCUUUGUGCGGCUCUGCAUUGCUGCUGUGGAUAAGAGAGGUCUGGAUGUGGAUGGCAUUUACCGGGUAAGCGGGAACUUGGCAGUGGUCCAGAAACUUCGCUUCCUGGUGGACAGAGAGCGGGCAGUCACCUCCGAUGGGAGGUACAUGUUCCCAGAACAACCAGGACAAGAAGGUCGGUUGGAUUUGGACAGUGCUGAGUGGGAUGACAUUCAUGUGGUCACUGGAGCCCUGAAGCUUUUUCUCAGGGAGCUACCCCAGCCUCUGGUACCCCCAUCGCUGCUGCCUGAUUUUCGUGCUGCCCUUGCGCUCCUGGAAUCAGAACAGCGUCUCUCUCAAAUACGAGAAUUAAUAGUCUCACUGCCAAAGCCCAACCAUGACACUCUGCGGUACCUCCUGGAGCAUUUAUGCAGGGUGAUAGCACACUCAGAUAAGAACCGCAUGACCCCUCACAAUCUGGGGAUUGUGUUUGGACCAACCCUGUUUCGGCCCGAGCAGGAGACAUCCGACCCAGCAGCCCAUGCUCUCUACCCUGGGCAGCUAGUCCAGAUGAUGCUCACUGACUUUACCAGCCUCUUCCCCUGACUGGGGCAAGAAGAGAAAAUGUGUUUCCAAUGGUGCCCUUUGAUGGUAUGGUAUGUUCUGAGAACAUUCCUUUAAAUCUUGUGUCUCCCAGA